AUGUGUUCUGUAGACGAGGCUGUAAAUUACCCAACUGAAUUUUUGAAUUGUUUGGAACUGCCUGGAGUACCUUCGCAUAUUCUGGAGUUGAAAGUUGGUGCACUCAUAAUGCUGUUGAGAAAUUUGGAUCCCCCUUCACUUUGCAAUAGUACAAGAUUAUCUGUGAAGAAGCUCAUGAAAAAUGUUAUUGAAGCAACUAUUUUAACUGGUCAUGCAAAAAAAAAAGACGUGUUCAUCCCAAGAAUUCCCAUUAUACCAUCUGAUGUACCAUCUCAUUUUAAACGGCUUCAGUUCCUAAUAUCUUUAAGUUUUGCGAUAAGUAUAAACAAGCCACAAGGACAGUCUUUAAAGGUUUUUGGGCUAAACCUACAAAGUCCAUGCUUUUCACACGGCCAGUUAUAUGUUGGUUGUUGUUCUAGAGUUGGAAGAAAGGAUAAUCUUUACAUCUUUGCUCCCAAUGGGAAACGUUUGCUCCCAAUGGGAAAACGUUUAAUAUUGUGUAUCCAGAAACCCUUCAAGAAUAGCAAUAAAUUAACUCACUGUAACACUUUAUAA